AAAUGUGCGUACUGCAAAUAGUGACGUUUUACUCUUACAUUAAAUUGCUUCCGCUUGGCUUACGUACCUCUUUAUUGAUGUUUUGACACUAUAGUAUAUAUACAACAUUUAGUGACCUCGUAAUUUUUUUCUUCGCGAAAGAGUGAGCUAACUUAUUGUCACGUUACCUUUCAUUAUGAUUUAAUUCUUACGCUCGACGGUUGUUUGUAGAAAUUCAGCCUCUGUAUCUUCACACAGAUGAGUCACUCCGAGAGAAAACGAUGAUGAUGUGACCAUUUCUUGAUUUCGACGUUCUUGUAAAGAAAAAUCAUUUUCACACGACUAAAUAUUGAAAAGAUGGCACAAGAGGAGGUGGUUCUAAAUGUUUACGAUAUGUAUUGGAUUAAUGAGUACACAACAAACCUGGGGUUUGGGGUAUUUCACUCUGGAGUGGAGGUCUAUGGAAUAGAGUAUGCCUAUGGUGGACAUCCAUUUCCAAUGACAGGAGUGUUUGAGAUCAUGCCUAAAGAUGCAGAAGAUCUUGGAGAACAGUUUAAAUUCAAGGAAUCCAUAAGAAUGGGGAGAACAGACUUUACCCCUGAGGAUGUGAGGAAGAUCGUGGAUCAGCUGGGCAAGGAAUUCAAGGGGGACCAGUACCACCUAUUAAACAAGAACUGUAACCACUUCACUGCAUCUCUAACACAGAUAUUGUGUGGGAAGGAACCACCUAGCUGGGUCAAUAGACUUGCCUAUGUGAGCACGUGCAUCCCAUUUCUUGAACGAGCUUUACCCAAAGAAUGGUUAACCCCUAUUGCCUUACAGCAAGUCAUUCAGGAACCCAUAGUGCGGGAGCAUGAUCCUCGGGGUGCCUCGGGAAGAAAUGAGAGAGAGGGAUCAUUUCAUAUACACAACCGCCGUAACUAGUUUUAUAGAAUGUGUCAAAAGUCUGUGUCCAGCGUUGUUUUGCCUGAAGUGAAUGAAUGGCUGAGAGUAGGAGAGGAGAGAAUGAUAUAUCUUUGUUGUAAUAUAAGAAUUUUGUUCUGUUAUUUUUGAAUAUUUAUUUUUUUUCCAGAAUGUUUUAAUAGUUAGACAUUGACAUGUCUACAUCAUAUCUGUGAUUCAAAUAAAUUUUGAAUUCAUGAA